AUGUCGUUCAAGGAAAGGUUGCUUGGGAUAAGAAGAAGGAGAGCGUCAAUGAAGGUUCAAAUUGAACCCGGGAACGUUAUCAUGGAGAAGGUCCUAAUGGGGGAGAAACUCAAAUUCUCCGAUAGGGUGAAAGCAAUCUUUAGGGAGGAUUGGGAGCAUAUAGUCGUGGUGUCUCUAGUUGGGGUUACACACACUUAUCGGGGAAUUAGCAACGCUGUGAAAAGGAUGUGGUGUCCCGAAGGUGAAUUUGAGAUUCUUGACUUCACUAAUGGCUUUUUUGGAGUUCUGUUCCCUAGUGCCGAAGAGGAAGAUAAAGCCCUUAAUGGAGGCCCGUGGUUUGUAGGACCUCAAUGUUUGUCAGUUCAACGAUGGAUCCCGGUAUUUAGAGGUUCAACGGCCACAGUUAAUACGGUGGUAACUUGGAUUAGAUUACCAAAUUUGCCAGUUGAGUACUACCACGAAAUUGCUCUGUUCUCAAUUGGGAAUUUCGUCAGUAGAACUUUGAAAAUAGACGAAAAGACAUUGAAUGCCGACAGAGGAAAAUUCGUAAGGGUCGCCGUUGAAUUAAAUUUAAACGAACCAUUGACUCCUAGCUUUCAGAUUGAAGACCGAUGGCAGGUGGUGGAUUACGAAGGCCUCCCAGUCAUCUGCUACAACUGCGGGUGUGUGGGUCAUGGUAGUAUCUUGUGUACAUCGGAAUCUAGGAACCAACCGGAGACGGAAGCGCAGGCGGGAAAGACAGAUGAAUAG